AUGCAGACCGUCUGCACUCAACGUCUGGGCAUAUGUCGAUCUCGAGUACCUUCAACGACGCGUAGCUAUGCCAUACAGGUCAAGGCCCCAAAACCUCUACCAGGAAAAGCUGUACCACGAGUCUUCAAAGACAAGAAAGCCUUCCAGUAUAACUGGUACUCAAGGAUUCUCAAAGCUAAUACGACUUCACCUGUGAUCAUCCUCCACCAUGAUGAUUUCACCGCAGUGAGGCUAAAGAAACUUCGGGGAGAUAUUGCAGUCGCCGCUCAGAAGUUCAUGCCAUCUACGAUCUCACCAGGACCUUCAUUGCUUCCUGCCACGACAUCUGGGCUUCCCGAAGCGACAUUAACGGUUGUGCGUACCGGAAUAUUCGGAGCAGCACUCAGAGAUAUACCAGACGUCAACAUGGCUGCCGUUGAGAAAAUGUUAAACAAACAGGCCGGAAAAUUCGCCGUCCUCUCUCUUCCAUCUCUUCAUCCACCACAGCUUAAUGCCAUUCUCCGCGCUAUGGACCGUAGUGUGCCCCCGAAACCACCAAAAACAGAGCAGGAGAUCAAACAAGAACUUGAUCAGAAGAACGCCGACCCCGAACAGCCAGGCCGGAGGAUGAAACGCGUGAGGCAGGUGCGGAUACCUGAACUGAAAGUGAUGGGGGCUAUUAUCGAAAACCGGGUGUUCUUGCCAAACGACAUCAAGGAUGUAUCGCAAUUACCGGCUCUGGACACUCUCAGAGCACAAAUUGUGGGACUGCUCAGCGCUCCUGCUGCCCAACUAGCUGCUGUAUUGGGUGAGGCGAGUGGAGGUAGACUUGCGCGGACGUUGGAAGGAUUGAAGAAAGGCUUAGAGGAUGAUUCUACAGAACCACCGUCAGAUACUGCUCCUACGUCAUAG